CAAUCCUUUCGAAGAUGUAUGACUUUACACAGAAUAGAAGUAUCUCUGACUUGAGCCAACUUGUGAAAACUGAUCUCUCUGAUCUGAAAGAAGGAUUGGAAGGAGAUAGAACUAAUAAACUUCUAGUACAACCUAACAUUCUUGAAGAUGCGUUGGAUAGAUUCUUGCUCUGGGCCGGGAAUACGGGAGCACUUCAGGAACCGACGAGCAUGCUUUCCUUAGACCAUCACUUGUCUAUAGCACCCGAAAUCUGGGAGCAAACAUGCGAAGUUCUCAAGGAUCUACUUGAGGCCAUUAAUGAUUUGGCAGCAAUAUUUAAGGGGAGACAGCCUAAUCGAGAGCUCCAAAAUCCCGUUAUCCAGUACAUCGACACACGUGUCGAUUAUCUCGAUAUUCCCUCCUCUCCCGAGCCAUCAGAUCUAGAUGAAGCACAUGCCAUUGUGGAGGUUAUAUUACAAUACAUACAAUCUCUAAUCAGAAUUGGUAAAUUGAUCGAAAAAACUAGUCCUAGGGAUCGAUUUGAGCAAGCUCUCCAACGCAUGAACUGUUUGUUUCCGGCUUCCUUUGACGCUACUCAUGCCAGACAUACAUACCCCAAACUAUGCAAGUCCAGUACACAGACUCUUGUGGAAAGAAUAGGAAAUGCGAAUGCAAAAAGGAGGAAGUUCAUAAAAUACUGUCGCGACCACAAGGCAAGACUAGAAAUCGAAGAUGACAGAGCUACAAAGCAGUCGGGGGAAGCCACCACGCUACACCCGUCUAGAUCUGCUCAAUUCACCCAUCCAGAAUGGGAUACAACAGAAGACGAGGAUAGAUCAUCGCUAACUACAGCAUCGACCACGUUUGAAUCAGCUGAAAGUUAUACACUGCCAACUCUAAGAGAAUUAUCAGCUGACUCCGAGCCAUUUGAAUGUCCUAUAUGCUUUACUCUUCAGUCUUUCUCGGGAGACAAAGCUUGGAAGCUCCACGCUUAUUGUGACCUUAAAGCAUACGUUUGUACCAUAGGAGGGCCGGAAUGCGAAGACGAACUAUUCGCGAAUCGAAAUGCAUGGUUUCAACAUGAAUUAAAGGUCCAUCGAUCAAGAUACGUAUGCGGCCUAUGCGGAAUAGAUAGCGGCACCAAAGCAACUAUGAUAUAUCACAUUGAAUGUGCCCACAGAACUUUGACGGCGGAGCAGAUCCCGGUUUUGGCUGAGGCAGGACGAGUGGUGCCAACUCAACUCGAUGCCAGAGACUGUCCGUUCUGCGAUGAAUGGGCUAGGGAAAUAAUAUCCAGACGCCUCGAGAAUAGCCAGUCUCAGACACAUACUAAUGGUCAAACAGUUGUCUCGAGGUCGCGGUUCAAAAGACAUGUAGCUACCCAUCAAGAACAACUUGCAAUAUUCGUUAUAUCUACAAAUGUUCUUGCAAAGGAAGUGAACAACCCCAUUGUUACCGGCGACGACAUAGGCAAACGACAAAGCGAGCAAGAUGAUGAUCAUGCCUUAAACGUGGAUAAAACAGCGUCUAUUAGUAAUGCCCCCGGGAUAACUAAUAAUCGCGAUAGCGCUAGCAGUGGAGGAGAUGGUAUCCAUAUAAGUCACAUCCGAAGUGACUAUGUGGCUACGGGGAAACCAGACAGUUCUUGGAGAUGGCAGUGUUGUUCCUGUAUGAGAUCAAAUCAAUCUUAUAUUUACAAUAACGGUUGUACGGAAUGUGGACAUCGGAGGGAGGAUUCAUGUUGUGAAAGUUACGUUGCUAAGUAACGGGAAGCCACUACCAGAGUUUAACGAGGGUAAUUAGACGGGAAAAGGUUCUUAGUUUUUUUUGCCACUUCUAGAAUUCAGAUUGGGAAGAUCAAGACUUUGGCCGUCAUGGCCUUUGGGGGGAAGUAAGGUCUGUGGCGACGACGGUUGCACUCGGCCAAGCCCGAGACAUAGGUAUGGCCCAUACUCCAGUGCCAGUCCAGAUAUCCAAUACCGCACUAGUCUGGCUAUAGAGAGGGGAUCCGCGUAAUUGGCCGUCCAUGGUUAACAGCCAAACCUGGUGCUGGAGGUCUAGAGAAUGAGCUGAGUUCUUCAGCAGCUUGGACUCGGAAGGGCAUACCAAGCCUGUCCUGCUCACUCUACAUGUGAUAUUCACAAAUUGGUGUCUAUCUCUUGGCGAUAAAUUAAGGGAUAAUCAUGUAACCUUACAUCAACAUCCGGCUGCGUCAUUACGUAGACUCCGAGGUUGCUAUCGUCGGCCAUUUUUGCGACUGUUAUAUGGUUUCGCCCACUAAUAGGAGAAAUCAUAAAUCUGGAUAGGAUUCUAUUUAUGCGCGGCUUUCCUUAAUAAAUAUUGAGCCUCUUUUUACG